AUGAGGUGCAAGAAGCAUCUCUCCGACGCCACAAGCGCCGUUGGAGUCUGCAGCACGUGUCUUCGGGAGCGGUUACUUUCUCUCAUGGAGGCUCAGGCUAGGGCGGAUGCUCACCAACGGCAGUUAUCUCGUCUUCGUGCCUGCUCGUUGGCGGAGGAUCUUUCGAGGAAGCCUGAUACUCUUCUGCCGCCGCCGUUGGUGUUUCCGCGAUCUGUUUCUCCAUAUGUCUCGCGGCGGAAGGUUGAGGACUCUUCGUGGAGCUUUGUGAGUCCGUUGGAUGAUCGACAUCGUCGAUUUCAUCACCGCUUCUAUAGUACUCCGCAGGUCGGACCUACUUACUACGGCGGCGGUAUUUCUACUUCUACUUUUGUUACUACUGGCUCUGUUAGUAGAAAACAGAGGAGUAGAUUUUCGUUUUGGUCUAGUCUUUUCAGGUCCAGAUCCGAGAAAUUGGAUACCGUUCCUCGUGAUUCUUCUUGUGAACCUGCUUCCUCUUCGUCUUCAUCUUGGAUUUCGUCGAUUUUCUCCGGAAGGAAAAGGAAGAAACAAUCGAAGUUUUGCACGAUUGAAGAAACAAUUGAUCAGAGGAAGAAGCCUCCACAGUCGCGAUUCUUCUCUCGAGGAAUGUCGCCGGCCGCAGGAGCGAGCGAGGCGGACGGAGAUUAUGACGAUCGCCGCGACGGAUCACAGUUGGCGAGUGGUUACUCCUCUGAGUCCUCGAAAUGGAAACCGUCUCCAAUUGCGUCUCAUGGAUCAACGGCGAGACGAGGGAGACAAGGAUUGAGUCGGAACGUUUCGAGUCUCGCAUUUUGCUUGAGUCCACUGGUGAGAGCUAGCCCUAACCACCUCCACUGGAACCAGAAAGGACUGUCACCAGAAUUGGCGUACUCCGGCGAAGUUAGGGUUCAGACGAAGCCUCAUCUCUCCGAAGCGGCGUCGUUUAGCGCGAACCGGUCUCGAAAACUUGCGGAUUUUGGAAGAGUCAAUACCAACCGUUGA